GCUCCCCAGGCCCGACGCGGCCCUGCGGCUGCACGCAUGCGCGGCUCCGCCCUCGUUGAAGCGGAAGGGCCUGUUCGGGCUGCUGCGAGCUUCAAAAAUCAACCAUGGGCAUUAAAGGUUUGCAGGGAUUUGUGGCGAGAGUUUGCCCUGAUGCGUGCAGGAUGGUAGAUCUGAAAGAGAUGGCAGAAAAACACCGCAUCGAUCAUCCGGAUGUCCUGCCUGUUAUUGUAGUAGAUGCCAUGAGUUGUGUUCGACACUGGUACACACCAGAAUCCUGGGUGUGUGGGGGCCAAUGGCGAGAGUACCUUACGGUUUUAGAGGAUUUUAUUGACACUUUUAAAGCAGCUGGUAUCGAGUUGGUGUUUUUCUUUGAUGGAGUGGUAGAAGAGAAAAAAAGAGAUGAGUGGAUCAAACGGAGGCAGCAGAAUAACAAGGAAAUAGCCGACCUAUUUCAGUUUAUCAAGACUCACAGGAAACAGCCGGGGAGAGGAAUGUUUGUUCUUCCCUCAGCUUUGCCUACUUUUACACGGUUUGCCCUAAAGUCACUUGGUCAAAAAACUGUGUGCACAUUGCAAGAGGCUGACUUUGAGGUGGCUGCGUAUGCUUUGGAACAUAACUGCAUGGGAAUCCUUGGGCAAGAUAGUGACUACCUCAUCUAUAAUACAUCUCCUUAUUUUUCCAUUGAGAAGCUCUGCUUGGACAGACUGGUCACUGUUAUGUACUCCAGAGAAGAUGUUUGCCGUGCACUAGGUCUUAGUAUGAAGCACCUUCCUCUCUUUGCUUGCUUGCUUGGCAAUGAUGUUGUUCCAGAAAACUUGCUGGAAGGCUUUUGGCGUAAAUGUUUAGUUACCUGUCCCUCCAGGAAUAGGAACUACAGCAGAAGAAUAAGCAUAAUCCUAGCUGUAGCAAAUUAUAUCUCCAAAAUGCCAUGCUCGUACAGCAGCCUGAAACACUUGGAAGACAUACUACCUCUGGGAUCAGACAAGACAUUACUUCACAGAGGAAUGGAGUCCUAUCUUUUGCCAGGGCAGCAAUCUCCAUGGAUUCCUCCUGAUGCAAGAAAUUCCAAAAUAUUCUCAGAUCAAGAAGAAUCAGCCAUGUGUCGAGACAUGGAAAUCUUUCAGUUAGCUAAAGAACAUCACAUCCAAUCUGAAAAUCAUGUAAUCUUCAAUAUCCUGAGUAAUGGAGUGGUGGAGUGCAGCAACUCUUUGGAAGAUGACUGUGAUACAGAGAUUCCUGGACAGUCACUCAUCUAUCGCCCUGCUCGUCAGCAUAUUUAUUCUGUCUUGUUGGAAUCAGAAAAAGAUGGAACCUGUCCUUUGGUGAAAGAGUGGGUUGUCUAUUGUGGAAAUCCUCUACAGCAGCCUGAGCUGAUACAACCCAUACAGCCCUCUAUUCCAGGUGGAACACCUAAUUUGAAAACACUGUGGUUUGCCAAAGGACCUGACGUGGAAAAGCAACGGUACAGUACGUUUCUGGCAUGCUUUCACCUUCAGGAUGCGAUGGAAGAGCUCCAAGCUCUAGAAGCACCUGUUGCAGCAUUCUGCUGCUUGGUGACCUACCUUAUGCUGCAGGUCAGUAGUCUCUCUCUGGAAGACUUAAACGCAUUUGUGGCACUCAUUCUCUGCCUCAAAGGAAAGUCAGCUGCUGAACUGACAAGUCUGCAGCUUCUGCAAGUGGACCCCAGAGCUGUACAUCUUGGUGCUGUUUUGGUUCGUGGCCUUACAACAUUGCUCAUGGCCAAUAGUGCCUGUGGAUUUCCAUUCAGCAUGGAUGAUUUGAUGCCCUGGAAAGUGUUUGAUGGAAAACUUUUUCAAGAAAAAUACCAAAAGUCACACCGAAGUUGCUCAAUGGAGGAGCUUUUGGAAGGCAAUGAGUCUUUAUAUACACCCUUCCAGAAUCUGAAGUCACUCAUUUGCAAGGUUUGUGCGCUGAAGAAAAGAACAAUACAGAGCAGACCAAGAGGGAAUGGAUUCAUCGCAGGAACACACCAAAGAGAACCUAAUCCAAGGUUCCAGCAAACACACAGAAGCUCCUUUGUUUCUCCAUAUCAUAACCAAAUGAGGGGUAACUUCGGGAGAAAUCCUCAACCACAAGGUAGAAGAUACAGAUCAGGACAUCCAGACCAGAGGAGAAGAUUCCACGUUCCUCCUUGGUAAAGAAUAAAUGUGAUGAGAUAGCUGACCAAGACGGUGGGAUAGUUGCUGUUGAGAUUGUUUUUUGUCUGUGAGAACCUCUUCUUACAAACUUUACAGAAUAACUGAACCAUAUGACUGCAGAAGGAAUGGCUCAAAGCUGAGGGUAUUUAGUAUGUGAAUCCCUUGCUACAUAUAAACUUGCUAUGAGACCAGAAUCGGAAAGCUUAGGUUAAUGGUACCAGCUGAAUCAGAGUUUUGUCCAGGUGUAGCUACAUAGUUUUGUGCCACUGACAACAGAAAUUCUAAUGCACUCGGACCACAUCAUGAGACAUUCUUGACUAUUCUAGUUUUGUAUGCUCCAAGAGUUUGCUCAUCAUGAAUCUUGUGGAAUAUUCAUGCUGAAUUGUGGUUUGUGUCUUGAGUAUAUUAUAUCUUAGUCUUAAGGGUUACACCAUUGGUACUGAAACCUGGUGAAAAGUUUGAAACAUGGCAUCACUGUUGCCAUGGAAAUAUCACCUGCCAGCAAAACAAGAUGACCUUCCUGUAAAAUGCAGUGCUUUCUUGAAAGAGCCAAAAACUGCUGUUGCUUUUGGUACUUAAGCAGUUCUCCCAUCUGAAUGUGUGGACUGAACCACAACAUUGCAGAGGAGAGAAAGAAUCUGAGUCUCAUCCUGCCCUACUUUGGCAAUAAAUGAUACUUAUAAGAAGCAGACUUUUCUCUAUCCAGAAUCUCAACAAUGUAAUCGAAAAUGGUCUUCAUCUAUGUAAUCCUCAACAGUUUCAUUUUCUUAGCGACCUUUUAGUAGGGUUGACUCAGGUGGAUGUUUAUGGAACUGAUUGGAUUUCCUCUGUUUAUAUGCUUUGGAAUCAUUAUGUCUUUAGUUUUGUACUUCAGCAUUUUCAGUAUAUUAAGUUACGUCAUAAUCUCUGUUCUCCUUUGUAUGGGAAGUAUAUGAUGAAAGCUUGAUAAGACUGAGCUACCUAUCCUUUUCUGUCUAAAUUCCCUUGAUUUCCUUUUAUCUAAGGAAAUAUUUUUAUAAGGGAAUUCAAAAUAGUGCUUUUCAGGCACACGUGGCUUUCAUGAGCAGUUUGGUAUUGAAGCUUUUCAUAGGACUUUUUGCUACUAGAACUGUUUCAGUGUUGAUGUUUGUAUGUCUUAUUUGGGUCCUCACAACUGUUUAUCUUUUAGGUCGCCCAGAUAACACUACUCAACACUGGAAGUAGAUGAAUAUAUUGUAAUUUUCUUAUGCAUCUUUUUCUGAUUGUAACACAAUAAAUGCAUUCUUUUGUACUCUAUGUAUAGCAACAACAGAACAAAUAAAUGGACAGCAGCACAGGAUUUGUAAUUCUGAGCAGACACAGCUUUUAUACAAUAUAGUAUCUGAAUGGCGUUGUAGGACUCCUGACUUGAUAGGGAUACUCCUGCUUCCUUUCCUCUUGAUUUGUCAAUGAUUCUAAUUGCACUACCUCUUUUUUCCUUUUCCUCUUUCUCUUUUUUCUCUUUUUCACCUCUCUUUUUCUCUUUUUCUUUUCCUUUUCCCUCCCACUCCCAAAGCUUUUGGAAUAACAUGGUCUGAGUUUUAUGGAAAGUACUUAAAUUUCACAUUCACAUUAAUGUCACAUUUAAUAGUGUAUAUGAAAAGAAUGCCAGUAUGAGCCAGAAUUCUUAGUAAUUCCCCUUUCGAUUCAGAUACAAGGAAGGAUUUCUGAUGGCCUCAGUAAAGAAAAUGAAAUACAGUUAGAGUGGGAGUUUUGCUGUGCUAGCUGUGGUAUAAUAUGAAUUGUUGGUAAUAAUUACACUGACCACUGAAUAACUGUUAAGACUGAGAAUUUGUGUUCUUCUAAUACUAGACCUCAAGCAUAAGUUGCUGUAACUGAUGCCAAGCUAAGAUUUUUUCCCACUUGGAAUCACAGAGCCAAAGUAGAAGGAGAAGCUGAAAGAUAAAGGGAUUAUUUUCCAAUGUCAUUGAAAUUUCAAUUAUCAGAGUACCACAAAGAUGUGCCUCUUUACUGUGGACUUGUCCAGCAACCAUGAGACUUCACAUGAACCUGGUUACCAUCACUAGACUUGCUCUGCUCUUGAUCGGGUACUGUGGGCCUGCACCUUCACUGCACCUGCCCUUCCCUCUUCCAUCUGUUCUGUGGCAGUGAGGCUUAAGGCUCAAACAGCGCAGGUCAUCAGAAUGAAUGACUUGCAGGUACCAAAGUAACUGGACAAGGUAAAACUAAUAAAUGUGUUCAUAUGUCCUCACACUUGCCUGUUGGACCUAAGGAAGAGAUCCCAAGUUUCUGAUUAUGCAUUUGUUUACACUAACAUGUUAUUGCUUGAUCAGUCCUCCACGUUAUUCCUCCCUCUCCCUGAUGAACACUCCCAUCUGUCUACAGAGAAAGCCCAAACUGACGAGGCUGAUAAUUUGUUAUUUUAGAAAUUAGGAUUUGAAAGAGAAAAUAAUAAUAAAAAUGCUUCUCUUCUGUUGGUUGUGCUCCCAGAAUGCAGUGAUUCAAGGGGUUGUUAACUGUGCAUGUAAUACUAACUAAGGGCUCCAGCUGCUGCGGCCUGCUGGAGCUUUUGGAUUUUGAGAGGGUAAGUGUCCAGCCUGCUGGAGGAUGAGAUGCAUUCUCCUUUCCAUGUGCUAGAUGUGAUACAGCCUUCAAAAAGGAAUGGUGUUAUAAUGGUUAUAAUUCUAGGUAUGUGAGGGUAGCAUGUGUGAAGUUCCUGUCAGACAUGGUGAAGCAUCUUCCUCCUUUACAAGAUUCCUUCCUCUGUAUGACUGCAGAUCUCUGAGAGGCCACAGGGAGGGUGGUUUUCUUUCCUGCAUUAAGUUGGAUUUAGAUUGGGCCCACCAAAAAUGCGAUAAACCAGUGUGAAGGUGAUUUUACAGAAGAGGAUUAAAAGAAGUGUGAGAAUAUGAAAAUUUUGCUUGAAAAACAGAAAUUAAGGGUUAUGUUUGAUUUUAGAUGCCUUGUGCAAAUAUCUUCAGAUUAACGGCAUCCUUUUAGAUUCUUUAGGCUGGGAAAUUAGCCCAGACCUGACUUCUGGUAGGUGUCCUGACUGCUGGGCUACAACUCGCGUGACAGAUUGCAUCCAGCACAGUAGGCUGCAGAAAGGAGUUAAUGGAAAAUAGAAUGCUUUGAUGUUCACUUCUGGUGGGCUGGUCCUCCUGUGUAAAGGCUAAACACCUAUUGUCUUCGGUAGGAGUUUUCUUUAUGAAAAGCUCUCGCAAAAAUCUGUCAUUUCCAACUUUGUUUUCUGAGGUGCUAAUCCUACAUUGCCAACAAUGUUUGCAAGAGUGAGUUUUAGUUUUUGAGCCUCUAACUUCAAAUGCCACAGACAGGACCAUAUUUCUCUGAAAUUGCUGGGCAUCUGUCCUCUAAUGCUAAAGCAGAUGUCUCAGAAGUAUUUCCAUUAGAGCAUCAUAAACGAAGGCACCUAAACGCUCUGCCUCCUUUCCUAAGAACUGGGGCUAAGCACUGCCGAGAUGCACCUUAGAAAACAGGCUCAGCUAGAAUUAAAAUGGGGGGGGAAGGGAGGGUGAGGAGAGUGAGAGCUAAUACAGUAACAGCCUAUGAUUAGAAAUCUCAACAAUGACAGUGAGUUCUGUUUAAUUUCUAACUGCUUAAAAGCAGGCCUGGGGAAAUGCUCUGCUUAGAAAUGUCAUGGAAAGCGCAGCUGGUCCAUGGGCUUUAACUUGAAAAGCAAAGGAUCUUUCCCAUUUUGCAGUAACACUGCCAUUUACUGGGCCAUACCACUAGCAAUUUGCAACAAUGGGAGGGAAAAAAGCUGCCAUUUGACCUAGAAUGCAAUUUUCAACUAAUUAAUAAAGUGACCAUUAGUGCCCGAGGGGAUAAUAACAGGAAUAAGAACAAAUUACUGUGGGGUGCAAAGGAGGCUCGAGCAUUGUAUUGCAAAUUUCUUAUGGCACUAUUCUUUUUUUUUCUUUCUUUUUUUUUUUUUUUUUUUCCCCUCACUAAUACUUUUAAAGUGCCCCCACUCAACACUUGCUCCUUGUAGGACCCUUGCAAACCACAUAAGAAUUAGCCCUUCAAAGAUCAAUCAGGAUCUAAUUGUUGUUAACAAAGUGCCACCUGGAGAGAAAUGUUACAAUAUACCUUCAUUACAAAGCAUUCAAUCUCUCUCACACUCCGAAGUCCUGGCUACAGUACAGACAAAAAGGAGCGGUUGCUAGCAUUAAGAUCAGGCACCUGCAAUUGCUUGUAAAACACUGCCAGUCCCUGCACAAAUAUGCUCCUAAUAUUGCUUGAGUCUCGUUAGAACUGCUUUGUUUAUGCCUUCUCCGAGCAAAUUUUGCUGAGGUCCCUCUAUUAGCGAUGCUUUAAUGUAUCACUGCAGCCCUCAUAUCGAUGGGGAUGCAAGACAAGUACACCAUUUGCUGUGAUUUCUCAUAGGCCUCAGGCUCUGUGCUCAGUAAGGAUUCUUCUAUAUUUUAUGACCCCUGCCCUCCACGUCCCAAAAGCAGUUGCACAGGAAGUCUUCUGUAAACUGAUUCUGGAUGUCCUGUAUUAAUUUAUGAUGACUGUGGCUUUGUCUGACCUGUCAGAGAUGGUAGCUGUAGGUGUAGAGUAUAUGCUAUAGGCUGUCUGCACUAGUACUUUGCAGCGAUUCCCAGGUGUUUGCCACUGCACAUCCCUUUCUGCCUGCUUGAUCUCUUGGGGAAUAUUUCCUGCUCUGUUUGUGUACAGCAAAGCUAUUAGGAUAAAGCAGAAGGAGAGUCUGGAACCUUUACUGGUAUGUGAGCUCCUGAAAAUUCCCAGUGGACAAACUGAAAUGGACUAAAUGUCCACUGAAACAACGAGCUGACACAACCCAUGUGCAAGGGGAAUACAUGGGUUGUAUCAUAGAACUGUGGAAUGGUCUGGGUUGGAAAGCACUUUUAAAGAUCACCUAGUUCCAGUCCCUUGCUAUAGACAGAGACACCUGCCACUAGCCCAAGCUACUCAAGGCCCCAUCCAGCCUGGCUUUGAACUCUUCCAGGCAGAGGGCAUUCUAACCUCUCUGGGCAACCUGUUCCAGUGUCUCACCACCCUCACAGUAAAGAAUUUCUUCCUAAUAUCUAAACUAAACACACCUUGCAGUUUUAAGCCAUUAAACUGGCUUGCAAUUGUCCUUUAGAAUCUGUACAGCUGCUCUACAGUUGCCGCUUGAGUGGAGUUAGUAUCUAGCAUACAUCUUUUUGUACAUAAAACCAUUAGUAACCUAAUGAAUCACUUAUUUGAUCAUUUAUCUAACCACAUGCAACUGUUUGGAAGCGCUGGAUUUGUUCUGGAAAACAUUAAAAAUGUUGGCCAUCUGGAAUUGAAAGCACUUCUGUAUCCACACCAGUGUUAGUAUGAGUUCCAUGAAUAGCGUGGUGUUACCUCAGUCCUGGCUGACUAAAGUAAUUCUAUGUGUUGGGGAACAAACUGUGUCAAUCAAGGGACAAUCUCAGUUGACUGUGCACUGCUUACCUCGUAUAUUGGUUCAAAUAGUACAAAUAAAGAUAUGGGUGGUAUUUUUUCAGUCUUUUUUUCAGUCUUUCAGACUCGAUGAAUCUGGCCUUCCGUGAGGAGAUUCUGUCUAACCAACAGGUUGUGGGAUAGAGUUAGAAAACCUGAUUAAUUCCCAUGCACCUUCCCAAAGCUGUCAUUUGCUUACUUAAUGACCUUGGUUAAGACAUCCAAUUUCUUGUGCUGCUCACUGCGAUCUGCUGGAUCACAGCCUGCUUUUCUCUAGAAGUCUGUAUGGAGCUUAGAUCUACUGACACCUAUGUCUGUAGCAAGUGGCUACUAAAUGCCGGUGAAACAUUACCCUUAAUAAUUAUGCAAUGCUGAGGCCAGGUACUGAUGUGUGCAAAGUUAGAAGCCACUUGAAAUGUGAGCAAUUGGCUGUCUGUGCUACCCUUUGCUAAAAGUAGGAGAUCCUAAUGUGAGUGGCCUGUAGGACUCUGUAGUAUCCAAGUACAGUUUCAGAAUCAAAUAUGAACUGGGGGGUUGGCUCCAGACUGCAAGUCUUUGAGCAAAUUCACACACACCAAAGAAAGAUACAAUGAACAGGGCUGAAAGCAUUUGCUUUCAGAACUCCUUCAGAGACACCCAGGACUGAAGAUUGGUUUCAUUGCAGUGUUACUUCCUCUGCUUGCUCAAGAGAUGGAUGUGCAUCCAAGUCCCACUAGAGUUAAUGAAAGCUGCCUACUAAACCAUGUGUUAAUGGAAGAGAUGUCUUCCAAAGGCAUGUUACAAGACAACAAAAGGUUGUUGCUGCGUGUUGCAUUUCUUUACUAUUUGCCCAUGAUACAGUGGUGUGCCAACAUCAUUUGGAUAGAUCUGCUUGAAAUCCUGCUGUCUGUCACAAAGAGGCAUUUUGGAGCCGUCCAGCAUGCUUUCCCAUUAUCCUCAGUGCAAGACUAUAAAUAUACAACAUGCACACAAUCUGUUUGCAUACUGAUUCCCUGUUUCCCAGAUCAAUCUCUCAUUGCUUUCCAAGCAGUAGAGUCCCCUUUGAUUCCUGGUUUUUACUGAACUCUCAUCAGCAAGGAUAUAUGCUUGAAGUUUGGUUUUUUGUCUUUUCCUCCAUGGCUCUUAGUUUUUCUGUCUUUUGUAGCAACCAUUAAAGUUUAUUUGUGGGCAGAGGAAAGUUAUACCCCUUCUGACAAUGUGUCGUGGGGGUUUAUUAAAUCCUGUGGGGCAUUUGGGUGCAUUCUGCUGGGGGAGGGAUGGAAAGGGUAAAAGAGAAAGCCGUAGAAAUCAGUGGAACUGGAGAUCCAGAGCCCUAGAAGGUGGGAAUCUGUUAAUUAGUGUUCUUGGGAAAACCUGCCUGUGAUGAAAAUAAAGCCCGUCCUUAAAACCCACUGCAUUUUCAUUUUCUGCCCCUGAAUGUUGUUAACAAUGUUGCACUCUGGUUAAGUAAAAAUCUAAAACUGCACUGAAGUGUUAGUAAUCGGUUCCUGAGCAGAUUCCCUAAUGCUAUUCACUUUUCCCUGCUAAUCUUCCUGUGUGAGUUAUAACAAUGCAGCACCAAAUGAGAAGGAAAUGUCAGGUUAUGUUUCAGGGCCAGCCUCCUGCCCACCCUCCAUCUGUGCUGAUGUCAGUGCUUAUUGGAACAUAUGCUGCCUGUUGCUCACUGACCAUCUGUUAGCUGAGCUGAUGAAGUGUUCCCGUUGCUGGGACAACCCAGCCCUUGAUUGCCAGUGGCACCACAAACAUUUUCUGCUCGGGUUUCACUUUUAUCUGUGCUCUGGAAUGGCAGCCCCGGGUGGGCACGGGUUACCGUGUCCCUGCCUUGUCCUUACACUGGCUGCUUUCCACAGGAUUCAAGUUGCACAUUUUGGGGCGAACAUGGAAGUUUGGAGCGGAACUCACGUGCACGUGGUGGCUGUGAUCAACUGUUGCCAUCACAAGCUCAGAUCUAAGGGCAGGAACAGGUCUGCUGGCAGGGAGGUGUGUGUGGGAAGGGCCUGUGGGCCGCACAGAAGUGCUGUAGGCCUGAUGCUGCGCAGGGCUGCAGACCUUAUUAUGGGGCUGAGCAAAAGCUACUUUUCCCUUCAGCCAGAGUCACUUGCUCUGUAAUUAUUGUGAUUUGCAUUUGUGUCUGACAGCCACAAGUCUUACAGGCAUAACUGGAUCCAAAUGUAGUCAUCUCUUUACAACGCCGGCCUUGGUUUGUAGGGCCAGAGUGAUGAUAAGCCAUAGCAGCAAUGAUAAAACUGUUUGCCCGCACGCAGCCUUUUUGCAGCUCUGUCUGGAGAGCUUUCCCCCCUCUUAAAAAUGUCUGCAAGCGUUAAUCAAUCCUCAUGACAAGCCUAUGGGGCUGGCAGGUGGUAUUCCCAUGUUAGAGAGAGAGAAGCAAAGUGUGAGAGCUGGCAUGAGAACCGAGGCAUGCCCACCUCCCAGCCUUCGCCUGCUGAGAUCACUAGACCAUAUUGCCCUUCACUGUACACCAAGGGCCCCCACUCAGCCACGGUGCCAACAGGAGCUGCAUACCAGAAAUGAGGGCCAAGCAGGCUGUCCCCUUUAGUUCUCUCUGUGUUUAAUGUGAGGGCAAAAGAGCAGUGUCCGAUAAAUGAACUUUGUUGGGAAGGCUUCCCAACAAAGCACAGAAAUUGUCUUCCCAUCUUUCUUUUUAACUCAUCCUCCCAGAUACCUGUGCCAUCUUUUCAUAAGAGCUGUAGGCUCUUGUAAGAGCUGGAAGAAAAAGGGCUACUUCUUUUUCACCCUGUGCACCAAUUAUUGUUUUAAUUAAAUGACUGAACAGUAUAAUAAUGUUGUGCGCUCAGAGGCUACAUGGCACGCGUGGUGGAGCUGGAUAAGAUAUGAUACACACUGACAUAAUCCUAGGUGUUAACAAUAAUAACGUACAACUUCAGCAUAUGUUGCUAUUUCAGGAUGUUCUGGCAUGAUGGGUUGGUUUUAUUCACCCUGGGGCUGAGCAAUGAACAAAUUACCACAAGGCCAGCAAGGGUGGGGAUUCACAUUGCCUCACUGUGGUAAGUGCCUGUGCUGGUUUGUAUUCCACGGCGAGCGUGAGGCGCUGUGCUUUUGUCAAGCAGCAAGCUGAGUCUUUUGCCUUGUGUUUACUGUGGUUAUGAUAAAGGCACUUAUCUUCAGUUCAUCACAAUUACCACAGUGGAGCCCGGGCACUCUAGAUUUACACCUUCUCUUGUAGUGACUUGUUUGGUGCCAUUCUGCUUUUCAAACUGCUUUGGUGUCCCUUUACAUUGCCAGAAUGGUACAACCGUGCCAAAAAAAAAAAAA